UUGUUGUUUUGCUACACAGAAGAAAUGUCUCAUUUCAUUAUGCUAGUUUUUGCUUCUGCACUGACUAAUUAGACCUCAUCAUCGGUACAAAUUUGCUCAUCAGGAAAUCUUUCUUUUUAUCAAUGAAUAUUAAUAAAAAUGCCAUAGUCAAUGUGCCUGACCAUUUUCUGGUGGCUUUCCCAAAUAAAACCAUUGACUGUUAUUUGCUUAAACUGAUUAAGGGGAAUAUGCUUUUAUUUUGAAAAACUCCACCUUCCAUCAGUUAAAAUGUUGACUGUUUUGAACCUUUUGUAUUAGAUUUCUAAAACAAACAAAUUAAAAGCCUUCAUAAGUGUAACUGGAUAUAAACCCCUCAACCUUUCACUGGGUUUUAAUUUUAUUUUGAAAUAAACCGAUAUUGAAUUAUAAUAUUUAAGAUCAGGUUGAAAAAAAGAUCAAAGUGUUUGUUUCAGGUUUUUUGUCUUUUAAAGUAUGUUUAUGUGGUAAUGCUACAAUUAAUAUCUUACCAGUGAGCCUUUGAACAACCUCAGCUAGGCAAAACAGAGAUUAAUGUUGAAAAGACCUGAAGAACCAGCAGCUAGUCACAGUAGAAGCAGUAAACCAUAAUAAAUCAACUACAGGUUCUAACAUUUUCAGAACUCUUUUCUGAACAUUCAUUCUUCCAUCAGUUUCAAACACAUCGGUUGUUUUGGCCAAAAUAUUUUGACGUUCUGGAAGUAAGUGCCCAAAGCUUCACCGGAAGUGCUAAAGCUAGCUGCUGUUACCGCUAUCUGUGCUUGCACGUAAUCUUAGAUGGACCUUUUUCUAACAGAGAGCUUCAAAAAUCGUUUUAAUUUAUAAACGAAUAAAUUAAAUGCUUUAGUCAAACGCUAAAAUCAAACCCAGAGAAAAGAAAGAUCUGGCUUUUUUUCUUCUUCUUAUCCCUGAAUUCACCAUUGCUAAGAGCUAAUUUAUGUUCAUUCAUGUUAGAAAUAACAAAAAUAAUUCAGAUUUAAAAAAAAGUAUUCUAGUAAUUAUAACUCUCUGAGAUAAAUUGGCCUUUGGCAAAAUCGGUAUCGGCAGGUCGGGUCAGUUUUUAAAAAAAAAUAGGUCUUUGAUAUCGGCCCUUAAAAUCUGAAGACGUAAACACGACCUGGUGUUUAGACCCUGCUGCUUACUUUCUACAUGCACACGUACUUAAACACACAUGAGGUCAUGCCAGUGGCAGCUUGGUGACAUCACAGUGCUCACUGGGUCAGAAGCAAUGGAUGGAGAGUGGUGCUGAUGGAGCAGACGAGCAGAGAGGGAAGAAGGAAGGAGGAUUCCUCGAAGGCUUUUAGGAGUUUAAAAACCAAGGAUUUGCUCACUAAAUUCAGUUUUAUAGUAAUUCUGCCCUUCUGGUCAUCAUCUUCAUCAAUCCUUUCAUCCCUCCCUCCAGCUCCAGUCGCUGUCAGGUCCGUCCCAUGUGACUGGCUGCCCUCUCCCUCCUUUGCCAACUCCCUUUCUUCCUUCCGUGCUCCCUCGCUUCACGUCUUCCUUCAUAAAACCCCUCUCAUUGUGUGCCAAGUGAGCGUGCAGUUCCAUACAAAGCCUCCCGGGGCAUGAUGGGAGACAUUUCUAUAUAAAGCGAGGGACCAGAGUGUGGAUAAGGAGAAACGUGAAGUCACGCAGUCAAAUGGACACUCCAGGAUGGAUCAGGAGAAGGAAAGAAGCAGCGUACCGCUGACGUGACGCAUGUGUGAGCCAGACUGAGGUCAAGUUAAGAAGGUGGGCACAUUUUGUGGAUGCAGAAAUGAUGGAGGUAAGGGGCCAAGUUCCGCGUGUGCUGGAGGAUGUAGAUGAGAUAACGGUCAUCACCGCCAUAGAUGAAGACUCUAAUACCAACUCCCCUCCACUGACCAGCUGUGGACCUGGAUCUAAAACUAGUCAGGAUGACAACUGGGGCGAGACCACCACAGCCGUCACGGGCACAUCAGAGCACAGCCUCUCUCAGGAGGACGUUGUACGCAUCACCAAGGACCUUGAGGACAGCGUGGGGCUGAACUGUCGCCUGUAUCUCACCAGGACCAUCGCUGUGAUCCUGGGCCUGCUGGUGUUCCUCACGCCGCUGGCCUUCCUGGUGCUGCCACACAUCCUGUGGCCAGAGAAGCUGCAGAGCUGCGGGACGGCCUGCGAGGGCCUUUACAUCUCUGUGGCCUUCAAGCUGCUCAUCCUACUGCUGGCCGUCUGGGCGCUCUUCUUCAGACCGGCGCGGGCGGGACUCCCGCGUGUCUUUGUGUUCCGGGUCCUGCUCGCAGUGCUGGUGUUACUCUUUGUUGUGUCCUACUGGCUCUUCUACAGUGUCCGGAUACUCGACGCUAAGGAUGAGAACUACCAGGGCAUCGUUCAGUACGCCGUGUCCCUGGUGGACGCGCUGCUCUUCAUCCACUACCUGGCCGUUGUCCUACUGGAGCUCCGGCAGCUCCAGCCGUGCUUCUCCGUGUGCGUCACGCGCUCCACGGACGGCACGACGAGGCACUACAAUCUGGGACAGCUCAGCAUCCAGCGGGCAGCCCUAGCCAUCAUAGAGAACUACUACAGUGACUUCCCAAUCCACAACCCGGCACUGCUGUCUGCCUCCAAGUCCCGCGCCGCCAAGCACCUGGCUGGCCUCAAGGUCUACAAUGUGGACGGUCCAGGGAACAAUGCAGCGGCAUCCGCCGGGCUCGCCCAGUCCCAGUCCAGAGCCAUGAUCGCAGCCGCCGCCCGGCGCCGUGACACCAGCCACAACGAGCUGUACUACGAAGAGGUGGAGCACGAGAAGCGGGUCCGCAAACGCAAAGCGCGCCUGGUGGUGGCGGUAGAGGAGGCCUUCACCCACAUCAAACGCAUGCAGGACGACGAGCAGAAAAAGGCUCCCGGGGACGUGAUGGACCCCAGAGAGGCGGCGCAGGCCAUCUUCCCCUCCAUGGCUCGGGCCCUGCAGAAGUACCUGAGGACCACCAAGCAGCAGCACUGCCACAGCAUGGAGAGCAUCCAGCAGCACCUGGCCUUCUGCAUCACCAACAACAUGACGCCCAAGGCCUUCCUGGAGAGCUACCUGACGCCAGGCCCCACCCUGCAGUACAACCAGAACCACUGGAUGGCCCGACGGUGGACGCUCAUCAGCGAGGCGUCGGUCACCAGCGGCCUGAAGGACGGGACCAUCUUUUUGCUCAAGUGCGUGGACUUCAGUCUGGUGGUGAGGUCCAAGAAGAUCCCUUACAUCCAAAUGUCUGAGGAGUACAUCGACCCCAAAUCCCACAAGUUUGUCCUGCGACUACAGUCCGAGACCUCCGUGUAGGACGCUGCUCUCAAUCCGCCACGUGCUCACUAAUGUUUUCCUUUUGGGUUUGAAGUUUUUAUUUGUUCUUUUUCGUGUUUUUAUAUAUAAAAAUAUACAAAUCUAUAUCACACACGUCAGAGUUUAUUGGUAUUUUGAACGAAAAGCUGUGGCAGGCGGGGUUUGGACGAGCGUUUCGUGUGCACAUACUGUCGUUUUUGUUUUUCGUGUCUGCACAAUCAGCCAAACGAGGCCCAAGUUACGUCACGCUUGGAGACACGGAGACCGUUUCCAGGAGACAGACAGAUUGAAGGAUGAGUCUGUGCCCACCCGUGAAGGGAUUUUCACCCAUUUUCAAGUGUUUUUGUUUAAAAGUUAUAAUUACCUGCUUCCAGAUGGGCCUCUGUUUAAAAUACAGGAUUGCUGGGCUAAAGGCUAGUCAAAACACAACCAAAAUCAAAGUUUUUCUUUACAUUUUUACUUUUAAAUUUCACAUUAAAAGCUUAUUUACACAUAAAGUUCAUCCUAACCGCUCAACAAGAAUGAUUUGUUCCAUACUGAAACUUGAGUGUUCCUUCCUUUCGCUGCUAUUCUGUUUUGUUGUGUUUUAGAUCAUGGAACAUCCCCUCAGAACCGGUCCAGGUACCACUCAGGCUGUCCGCGGGUCCUUAAAGAGUCUUCAAAAGUCUUAAAUUUACUUUUCCAAAUUUAAGGCCUUGAAAAUCCUUAAAAAUGACAAAUAAUCCUUAAAUACAGUUUCCAAAGGUCUUAAAUUACCAAAGACCCAAUAAACUAGAUUAUUUUAUUUCUAUGACAUUUUCGUGAAUUUCAGUAUUUUUUGUGUACGAUGUUGGCGUAAGCGGAACCGUACACAUUCAGUUGGUUGUGAAAGGGGACUAUUUUUAGAUGAGCAUGUUAGCUGGUUAAGCUAGUGGGAGCUUGCGCCAUGGAGAAGUGCAAGUUUAAUGGUAACUGGAUGGCUAAUCCCAUGUUCGCGACGUGGUUAGCACCGGUUCCAGGCAAUAGCUGGAAAUUAUAGCAUAAAAUUAAUUUAAAAAAUCGCUUAAAUUUGGAUCUGGAUCAAAAGGAGUCAGUUGAGGUGGUUUGGGCAUCUGGUCAGGAUGCCUCCUGGACGCCUCCCUGGGGAGGUGUUUCGGGCAUGUCCUGUCGGCAGGAGGCCCCCGGGUCAACCCAGGACACGUUGGAGAGAUUACAUCUCCAAUCUGGUCCGGGAACACCUUGGGGUCCUGCCGGAGGAGCUGGUGGAGGUGGCCGGGGAGAGGACGGUCUGGUGCUCCCUAGUUGGGAUGCUGCCCCCGCGACCCGGACCCGGUUAAGCGGAGGAAAACGACGACAAGCUUAAAUUUGGUCAAAGUGGCCUUAAAAAAGGUCUUAAAUAGUCAUAAAUUUGGCUCCCUUAAACCUGCAGAUACCCUGACCACUAGAGACACGGGUUAACAGCAAAAACUGCAGCUCUGACCACACUUUGGGACUGAUCCAAUUACAUGAGGGGUUCUGUUCAGAUGUGAAGAUCUUCAAAAACAAACAAAAAAAGUUCAGUUCGCUUUAAAAAAAAGUGUUUUUUUGCUCACCGCACCAUGGUUAAAGAAAAUCUAGAAGAUUUUUUUGUGUCAAAACCAUUAAAUGUGUUGUUUUACCUGCAAUGUUACAGCAGUAAAACAAAACUGUGCAAGAAUGAUGAUUACUCAAACUGUCGUGUUUUUCUUUUAGACGCCAAAUUAGCGUUUAAAUUUAAAACUCGCACGAAAAGUCCUAAAAAAAUUAGUAGAAAGCCGUAAAACUGUUAAAUCCUCACCAUCACUCAAAGUCUUUUGUUUUUUCAGCUCAGGAGACUGGAGCUGUUUUAGUAAAGCAGCAACACGUGUUUGUCUUGGCUCUGUUCAGACUAGCCGUUAGCUCAUCACUCCUGCAUGUCAAAAGGUAAUUUCUCCAAGCUGAGGUUCUUCGAGAAGUUUUCUCCAACAGGAUAUGAUCAGUUAUACUUUAUACACAGAAACGGGCUUCAGAAUGGUGCAGAAAGUUUCUUAAGGUUCAGCUCAGCAGGAGAGGCUGAGCUCCUCCUGCUGAGGCUCGUGGCGUUACCACGGCAACCAGGAGGGCUAGCAUUAGCCACCAACAUGAGAUGCUUUGAGUUGUUUGGGUGCAUUUUUCUUCUCCAGGUGCCAUAAAAGCAAAAACAUCCCAGCUGUAGUUGAGGAACAUGGGAUAAAACUGAUACGGACACGUGCCCAAAGACAUUUUGCCCCUUUUUUUCACCUCUGCAGUCUAGUAAUCCUCUCAGGGCUUUUGUGUCUGCUGCCGCGUCACCUGGAAUAAUACUAAAAAAACUACUGAUUCACCAGAUUUAGACACGCAGGGCCUCUGAGGUGUCCGCGUAUAAAGCUAACGUCCAUUCAUACACCUUACCUCGUAGCCUCUGGGGGUGCUCCAAAUCCAAAUUCUGCCUAUGAAGGAAAAGAUCUGGAGGCAUACAGGGAGAAAAAGGGGAAAUGUGGGAUGAUAAUGAGCAUUAUUGUGAAGGAAGAGUGUAAUGCCACAUGAUGUCGUCUCUCAGGGCUCACUGUUGCCACCAUUCUUUAUCAUGAUCAACAAUUAGAGCUGCAGCAAGGUGGAACCUCCCUCCCAACUGGACUAUCUGGUUUUCCUCACUUCACCUCCUUGGCUCGGAGACCAUUCCUGCUUCAUUUGCAUGAUUUAUUACAUACAUUUUUAAAUAAAGAUAAGCUAAAUGACCCCAUCAGCUCCAUGGUGCCUGCUCUGGUAACUCACUUUUAAAAAAUAAAAAAAAUCUUUUGUCAGGUCAUGGAUCACAAAGUUAAUUGUCCUCUGCUGCCCUCUGGUGGGUAAACAUGUAACUGUCAGGUUAUUUUUAAAUGGUUUCUUUCUAAAAGAAAAAUCAAAGAUGAAUUUAAAGAACAUGUCGCUCAAAUUUCAAAGACUUGUGCUUGAUUUGGUUUUUCUACAAGCCCGAUAUGACUGUGCCUCCUGGUCGAUUUGACAUUUUUUUCUUACUCCGUAUUUAUGGAAACAAACACUGUUGCUGGGUUACAGGCCUCUGUCGCAGCUCGGAGUCUGGUGGGUGGAUUUGUGAUGAGGAUGGAUUGAUUUUUGUAAGAAAAAAUAAAAACUUUUUAGAAAGUUUGUAAAA